UCCGGGCCUCCGGGCCUCCCGGCCUCCGGGCCCUCCGGCCUCCCGGCGCGGCCCCGCAGCAUGCAGCAGCAGCACCCGCGGUGGCGGCGGCGGCGGCGGCUGUGAGAUGGUGGACGCGGGCGGCUGCCCGGCCGGGGAGGGCUGGAGGAGGAUGGAGGCCGCGCCCGACGGCGCCGUGGACAUCGUGCCCCUGGACCGCUACGACUCGGCCCGCGCCAAGAUCGCCGCCAACCUGCAGUGGAUUUGCGCCAAGGCCUACGGCAUAGAUAACAUCCCCGAGGACCUCAGGGACCCCUUCUACGUUGACCAGUACGAGCAGGAGCACAUCAAGCCGCCCGUCAUCAAACUCCUGCUGUCGGGCGAGCUGUACUGCCGGGUCUGCAGCCUCAUCCUGAAGGGGGACCAGGUGGCUGCCUUGCAGGGACACCAGUCUGUCAUCCAGGCCCUGUCCCGGAAAGGCAUUUAUGUGAUGGAGAGCGACGACACCCCCGUGACGGACCCGGACCUCAGCCACGCACCCAUAAAGAUGAGUGCCCACAUGGCCAUGGUGGACGCCCUCAUGAUGGCCUACACCGUGGAGAUGAUCAGCAUCGAGAAGGUGGUGGCCAGCGUCAAGCGCUUCUCAACAUUCAGUGCCUCGAAAGAGCUUCCGUACGACCUCGAGGACGCCAUGGUGUUCUGGGUCAACAAGGUAAAUCUUAAAAUGAGAGAGAUUACGGAGAAAGAAGUCAAGUUAAAACAGCAGUUACUGGAAAGCCCAGCUCACCAGAAGUCCCCCUCCAAGUGGUACUGGAAGUUAGUGCCCGUGCGCUAUCGCCGAGAGCACCUGUCCGCGAGGCAGCCGCCCCACUUCCCGCUGCUGGAAGACCUGAUGAGAGACGGCAGUGACGGGGCCGCUCUCCUGGCCGUGGUCCACUACUACUGCCCGGAGCAGAUGAAGCUGGAUGAUAUAUGCCUGAAGGAGGUCACGUCGAUGGCUGACAGCCUCUAUAACAUACGGCUUCUGAGGGAGUUCUCGAAUGAAUAUCUUAACAAAUGCUUUUAUCUCACCUUAGAAGACAUGCUGUACGCCCCAUUAGUGUUGAAGCCGAAUGUCAUGGUUUUCAUCGCCGAGCUCUUCUGGUGGUUUGAGAACGUCAGACCAGAUUUCGUUCAGCCCAGGGAUGUACAGGAGCUAAAAGAUGCUAAAGCGGUGUCGCACCACAAGAGCAGCCGGCCCCCGGUUCCCAUCUCCAAUGCCACCAAGCGCAGCUUCCUGGGCAGCCCCGCGGCGGCGAGCCCGGCCGACCUGCUGCCGCCCACCGCGCUGCCCCCUGAGGGCGGCCACAGGCACCGCCUGCACCCCGAGGAGCCCGAGCACCUGGGGAAAGGCGCAUCUGCCUUCAGCCCGUCGCACCCUUUACUGCCCCUGAGACAGAGACAGCAGAAGACCACACAGGGGGACGGCCUUGCUGAUCAGCGACUCCGGUCCAACUCUUUAACCCGCGCGGAUGGUCAACCACGGGGCGCGGCGGUAGCGUGGCCAGAAAAAAAGAACAGGCCUGUGUCCCAGCCGGCGCCCUUUGCUCUCCACCAUGCUGCCAGCUGUGACAUGGACCCCGGUUCUGGUGACAGCGUCAGCCUGGCCCGCUCCAUCAGCAAGGACAGCUUGGCCUCCAGUGUCAUUAACCUGACCCCGCAGAACCAGCCCCCGCCUGCCGCGCUGGAGACCGACGGGAAAAGCCUCCUGAACAAUGUCGACAUCGAGGACGAGGAAGAGGAGCUCGUGGCCAUCGUCAGGACAGGCGUGGCUCCCCAUGGCGGUGACCGGGCCCCGCCGGCAAGCGCCAGGUCUCCCCGGAGACUGGCAGACGCCCUCGAGCGUGAGCCUGACGGGUUCUUCCUGGAGCCGCUGAUGCCGGCCGUGCUGAGGCCCGCCAAGGAGAAGCGGGCCGUUGCCAAGGAGGACGAGUGUGGGGAGGGGCGGCCGCGGGGCCUCACGGGUAGGAGGCCCAGCGAGGGCCAGCAGCCCCUGGUGCGCAAGCGGGCGCCCAGUGGCCACGGCGGCCGGGACUCCAGCAGGACCUCCGCCCCGAUCUCCUGUCCAGAGCGUCCCGCGGGCGUGGACCCCGCGCCCGCCGAGGCAGGGCCGCAGGCGGCGGGCGGUUUCGAUCCGUUACCUCAGGGACAGCCUGCCGAUGGCUUCUUCCUCCACGUAGCCAGCGCCGGUGACGCCGCCGAGCCCUGGGCUGUGCUGAGGCAGGACUCGGACUCUGACGUCGCAGACCUGGAGGAAGCCGAGCAGGAUUUCGGCGGCGACGACCAGCCCGUGGUGACGGCCGGGGACGCCGGGGAGGAGGAGUCGGCCAAGCUGCAGGAGGACUUGAAGGUGCGGGAGCACGAGGACAAGGACGACGCCAGCGGCCGCUCGAGCCCGUGUCUGAGCACCGUGUCGCAGGGGAGCGGCAUGUCCGCGGCCAGCGGCAGCGUGAAGAUGACCAGCUUCGCGGAGCGCAAGUUCCAGAGGCUCAACAGCUGCGAGACCAAGUCGAGCACCAGCAGCUCCCAGAAGACGACGCCGGACGCCUCGGAGAGCUGCCCGCCCCCGCUGACCACGUGGAAGGCGCGCAGGGAGCAGAGCCCGGGCGGCCAGGCCGGGGACCACGCCAGCCUGCUGGCCUCCGAGCUGGUGCGGCUCCGCAUGCAGCUGGAGGAGAAGCGCCGGGCCAUCGAGGCGCAGAAGCAGCAGGCGGAGGCCCUGUCGGCGCGGCAGCGGCUGAGGCUCGGCAAGGCCGCCUUCCUGCACGUGGUCAAGAAGGGGAAGGCGGACGGCGCCCCCUCGCCACGCCAGCCAUAUGCGCAGCACAACGGGGACGGCCUCGACGGGGUCUCCAAGACGGACGAGUUUGUCGCGAAGGAGGAGGCGAGGGAGGGCGCCCCCCAGUCUCCGGAGGCGGACGCCGAGAGCCUGGUCUUCCUUCAGCACAAAGCGAAGGGCCCGGCCGCCCUGAACGAGCUGGAGGGGAGCAAGGCGCUGUCCGCCGCGCUGCUGCAGGACGCCGGCGAGGCGGUGGACGCCGGCGAGGGUGACCUGUCCAUCGAGAAGCUGAACGAGACCAUCAGCACGCUGCAGCAGGCCAUCCUGCGGAUCUCGCAGCAGCAGGAGCAGCUGCUCAUGAAGCCGCCCGCGGCCCCCGCCCCGGGCCCGAGGCAGGGCGGCCCGGAGCAGCCGGUGCGCGUGGCCGUCCACUUCGUGGAGCCGCUCUCCCCACCCGGGACGGUCGCUCACCGCAAACCCCCCCGCCUCAGUCAGGGCCGGAAUUCCCGCGCGGGGAGGCCGGCCGAGCUGAAGGUCCCCAAGGACAGGCAGCAGGCUUCCUCCCGCAGCAAGACCCCGACGCCCAGCGUGGAGACCCUGCCGCACUUGCGGCCCUGCGUCCCCCGGACCCCCUCCGACCCGGGCUGGGACGGCGUCGCAGAGCCUGGCAGUGACCCUCCCGAGAAGUACUUCUUCGACAGCUACAGGCUCCACGACGAGAGCAACCAGCGGACGCUUGUCUUGUCCUCUCCCAAGGACGCAAACAUUCUGUCCGAACAGAUGAGCCUCAAAGAAGCUCUGGAAAGCAGCGUGAAGGAGGCGGCGCUCAUCUGCCCCGUGGUCUCAGGGAAGGAGAAUGUCCCUGUGGACGAAGCCCCCAGGGGCAAGGCCAGUCUCAUCGAGGUGGACCUCUCAGACCUGAAGGCCCCUGACGACGACGGGGAGACAGGGGCCCCCCAGAGCGCAGUGGACCUCGCCGGUGAAGGUGACCAGAAGCCGGGGGUCGGCUUCUUCUUCAAGGAUGAGCAGAAGGCCGAGGACGAGCUCGCCAAGAAGCGGGCGGCCUUCCUCCUAAAGCAGCAGCGCAAGGCCGAGGAGGCGCGAAUGCGGAAGCAGCAGCUGGAGGCGGAGGUGGAGCUCAAGAGAGACGAGGCCCGGCGGAAAGCCGAGGAAGAGCGCAUCCGCAAGGAGGAGGAGAAGGCCCGGCGGGAGCUCAUCAAGCAGGAGUACCUGCGCCGGAAGCAGCAGCAGAUUUUGGAGGAGCAGGGGCUGGGGAAGCCGAAAGCCAAGCCCAGGAAGCCUCGGCCCAAGUCAGUCCACCGGGAGGAGUCUGGCAGCGACUCGGGGACCAAGUGCGCCUCUACCCCUGACCACCUGAACCGGGCCCAAUCGGGCUCCAGCCUGUCCCUGGCCUCCGCGGCGACCACCGAGCCCGAGAGCGUGCACUCGGGGGGCACGCCUUCCCAGCGAGUCGAGUCCCUGGAGGCCUUGCCCACGCUGAGCCGCAACCCCAGCAGGAGCACAGACCGCGACUGGGAAACGGCGUCCGCGGCGUCCUCCCUCGCCUCCGUGGCCGAGUACACAGGUCCCAAGCUGUUUAAGGAGCCAAGUAGCAAAUCAAACAAGCCGAUUAUUCACAACGCUAUCUCUCACUGCUGUCUGGCUGGAAAAGUGAAUGAACCUCACAAGAAUUCAAUAUUAGAGGAGCUGGAGAAGUGUGACGCCAACCACUACAUCAUACUGUUCCGGGACGCGGGCUGCCAGUUCCGGGCGCUGUACUGCUACUACCCCGACAGCGAGGAGAUCUACAAGCUCACGGGCACCGGCCCGAGGAGCAUCACCAAGAAGAUGAUUGACAAACUGUAUAAGUACAGCUCGGACCGAAAACAGUUUAACCUGAUCCCGGCCAAAACCAUGUCCGUCAGCGUGGACGCCCUCACCAUCCACAACCAGCUGUGGCAGCCCAGGCGGCCCGCGGCGCCAAAGAAGCCCCAGCCUCGCAAAUGACACGGGCGCCGGCGGGGUGGCCUGGGGACGUGUGCACGGGGCUGAGAGUUCUCACUUCCGUGCGUUUGGGUACGAAGCGUGCAGAGCCACAGACCUUUUCCAGCAAGGUGUCCGUUAACGAAAGGAAAGCUUCCCGGGCUCCCCGCACACGCAGCGGGCGCUGGGCGGAGCGAGGGGGCCGGGAAGAGGCACCGGGUCGAGCGGCUCGGCCGCUGUUGGCCACGGAGGCUCGGCCGUGGGGUAAGCGUGUGGUGGGGUGUCCGGGCAGUGCAUCCCUUUACUUGAAGUUCUCCUCAGUGUGGAUGGAAAGUGAUGUCCUUCGCUUUCUCACCUCCCACCCCAGCCCCUGUUUGCACGUGACCUGACCCCCGGGUGCCGCCGGCUGUAAUCCUGCGGGGUUAUAGGGCUGAGGCUCGGCCUCGGGUCAGGGUGUUUGAAUGUCGUUAGGAAAGGAAUUCAAAUUGGGGGAAUCUUGCUCAUUUGAGAAAUUGUAUGAUAUUUAUUGAUUGUGUCUACUGCCAAUGUUUAUAUCCGGUUCUACGAUUUCUGAAAAAAAAAUCCUUGUUCUUUGCUGCUCAGAAAACGUUUACUGAAAAUACCAGUUCACUAAAAGCACUGAAAUCUGCAAAGUCUGUCUUCUACUAAGCUGACGUUUACAGACGUGGGGACGAUUGCCGCUACCAUGCGGUCACGGGGAUGGCGAAUGGUGCCACCAACCGGCGUUAGCCUCGUUGGAAAUAGAUGAGCUGAGCAGAUGACGGCCAUCGCUCGCGGAGUUUUGGAUCGCGCUCUAAUGAUUUGUUCACUUUAAUAAAGACAGAUUUUGGUAAAGUAGAA